CUUCCCAGAUCUCUACACGCCAAACUCUCCCUCCCUCUCUCUAGAAAGAUCCCUUCUCUCUCCUCGCCCCAAUGCCCGAAACGUUCCGACACGAUUAGCCGAAACCCUCGCCGAUAUGAGAAAGAAAAGCGUCCCUGAUUGGCUCAACAGUUCACUUUGGUCCUCCUCCAACCCCUCCAACGACGAUCGCAUCUCCCGAUACGCUACGAACCCCUCCCCCGAGUCGCUGCCGCCUCCCGCCGUCCGGUUCGCAGAACCUUCUCCUCCUCCGCAGCCGUCUCCGCCGGUUACCGAUGAUCGGGAUCCCGAUGACCUGAAACCCCCUAAUCUCUCGCCGGACGAGGCUUCGCGCCAGGCUUUGCUCAUAGCGGAGGUUUCGAAGAAGGUUAUAAAUGUUGGGGAGUUGCAGAGAUUAGUGUGCCAGGGGAUUCCGGAUGGUGAUGAAAUUCGAGCGACUAUAUGGAAGCUUCUUUUACGGUAUUUGCCAAACGAUCGCGCACUAUGGCAGCAUGAACUGGAUAAGAAGCGGUCCCAGUACAAGUCUUUUAAGGAUGACCUUCUGCUAAAUCCUUCAGAGAUCACCAGAAGGAUGGAAGAAUCUGCGGGUCUCAAAGAGGAAGAUUUGAACUCUGGAGGAAGUGGCUUUCUUCCAAGAGCUGAGAUUCCUCAUGGGGAACACCCUCUGAGCCUUGGAUCAACGAGUGUCUGGAAUCAAUUCUUCCAGGAUACAGAAAUUAUAGAGCAAAUUGACCGAGAUGUGAAGCGUACUCAUCCGGACAUGCAAUUUUUUUCUGAGGAUUCUUCCUUUGCCAAGUCUAAUCAGGAGGCAUUGAGAGACAUACUCAUUGUCUUUGCUAAACUAAAUCCAGGUAUAAGAUAUGUGCAAGGGAUGAAUGAAGUUUUGGCACCAUUAUUCUACGUGUUCAGGAAUGAUCCAGAUGAGAAUAAUGCUGCCAACGCAGAAGCAGACACAUUUUUUUGUUUCGUUGAGUUGUUGAGUGGGUUUAGGGAUAAUUUCUGCAAGCAACUUGACAAUAGUGUAGUUGGCAUUCGUUCUACAAUUACUAAACUAUCACAGCUUCUCAAGAGACAUGAUGAAGAGCUGUGGCGUCAUUUGGAGGUUACAACAAAGGUCAAUCCGCAGUUUUAUGCAUUUAGAUGGAUUACGCUGCUGUUGACGCAAGAGUUCAAUUUUACAGACUGCCUCCACAUUUGGGAUACUUUGUUAAGUGACCCUGAAGGUCCUCAGGAAACCCUACUUCGAAUCUGCUGUGCAAUGUUGAUACUUGUACGAAGACGACUCCUGGCUGGUGAUUUCACAUCUAAUCUCAAGCUGUUGCAAAAAUAUCCGACCACAAACAUCAGCCACCUCCUUCAUGUUGCAAACAAGCUUCGGGGUGCAUUAACUGGUUAAACUUUUAAUUUAUUUUGUUUUUCAGGACUUUCUGUUUGUAUGUAGACUUUGUUGUCAAUAGAAAUGUGUAUUUCAGAUAUGCCCCAAUUGCAGAGCACAUUGGCUUUUUUUGUGCCCUUUGAGCUUCAUGGUUCAUAUUUAUUCUUGAAUUGCUUAUAUCGACAUUGUUUUAGAGAGAAAAAUCAAUAGAUGUGAUAUCUAAACAUUUUUCUUUUCA